AUGGAAGCCACAGUGAAGAGAAAAGGCGGCUCUGGUCGAAAGAAGAUUGAAAUCAAGAAAAUCGAGAACAAGUGCUACCUGCAAGCCACGUUUUCAAAACGUCGUACGAGUUUGUUCAGGAAGGCUGCGGAACUCAGUGCUACCUGUGGAGUUGACGUUGCCGUGAUUGUUCAAUCUCCAGGAGGAAACGUCUUCGCCGCUGGCGGCCGGUCCUCCGUCACCACCAUCGUUGAUCGUUAUCUUGCGGCAACCUCAUCAACCCCUAACAACGCUGAUCAGUUUCCGCAAGCUGACGGUGGUGGUCAAGAACGUGAUCAGGAUGAGGAACAGUAUGCGCAGAUUCUCAAAGAGAUUGAGGCUGAAAAGAUAAAAGAGAAAAGUUUAAUGGAAAGUCAGGGCGGCGAAGGAUUUUGGUGGGAAAGGGGCUUUGAUGAUCUUGACGUGAAUGAACUUGAAGAACAUAUCGCUGCCAUGGAAACUUUGAGGAAGAAUGUAUCGGCUAAGGCAGAAGAGAAGGCCAAGGCUAAUAAUAUUGCUGCUUCCUAG